AUGUCUCAUAUCUCCUCGCUACGUAAUGCAUCUUUGCGUGCAUUGCGCACGACUUCGAAUGUGGCUGUUGCAUCGAAGUAUACAUCAGCAUCAGGUACCAAUCGAUCAUGUCAACAACAACAGCAGCAGCAAUUUUCUUAUUCUACUCUGUCACCGUCGUCAAAUAGAACUUUAACUACUGAAAAUAGUAAAUCCAGCCAACGAACUCUUUCUGACCAAACGCUCGCAACCGAUUCGUCUUCUAGUUCAAUCUAUGGACUUGUUCGACAUUUACAUACUAGUUCAAUUCUUCUUGACUCGGUCAGUAUUACAACACCGUCAUUUCCCGAAUCUGUUAAAGAUGGUACAAUUCGUCUCUUGAAAAAAGUUGGAGACAAAGUUUCAGUUGAUGAAACAGUAGCUGAAAUUGAAACUGACAAAGUUAAUCUGUCUGUUAAUGCGCCACAAUCAGGUACAAUCACCGAACUGCUUGUUGUCGAUGGAGACAGUGUUACUGCAGGCACUCAAAUAGCUAAACUUGAUACUAGUGGCGGUGAUGCCGAUGUUAAACCAGUGCAAACUACCGGGAUAGACGUGAAGAGAACAAAAGAAGAGUCAGACAAAUCGACUGAGAAGACCGAUUCUCAGCUGACCAAACCAAAACCUUCUACUGCUCAGAAACCAGCAGAAGAUCCUAAACGUGAGACUUCUACACCGGCAAAACGCACUGGAUUACCAACACAAAAUGUUGGCAAUAAUGACCCCAAUAAAAUCACUGGCAUGCGCUCCGAAACACGCGUCAAAAUGUCCAGAAUGCGCUUGAAAAUAGCCGAACGUCUCAAAGAAGCCCAAAAUAGUUGCGCAAUGCUAACUACAUUCAACGAAAUCGAUAUGAGCAAUAUCGUAGAAUUUCGUAAGAAAUUUGCUGAUCAGUUUCAGAAACAACAUAAACUAAAGCUAGGAUUUAUGUCUGCUUUUGUAAAAGCAUCUGCAUGCGCUCUAAUGGAUAACCCUACAGUCAAUGCAGUUAUUGAUGGAAAUGAAAUCGUUUAUCGUGAUUAUGUCGAUAUCAGUGUAGCAGUUGCUUCACCGAAGGGUCUAGUCGUACCUGUGCUGCGAAAUGUCGAACAAAUGAGUUACACCGAUAUCGAACGUUCCAUCAGUGAAUUUGGAGAAAAAGCAAAAACUGGAACACUCGCAAUUGAAGACAUGGAUGGUGGAACUUUCACGAUAAGUAAUGGAGGAGUCUUUGGUUCUUUAUUUGGCACCCCGAUUAUCAAUCCUCCCCAAUCAGCCAUUCUUGGCAUGCAUGGAAUCUUCGACCGACCAGUUGCUAUCAAUGGCAAAAUUGAAAUUCGUCCAAUGAUGUAUGUAGCACUAACAUAUGAUCAUCGAAUUUUAGAUGGACGUGACGCUGUCCUAUUUCUCCGAAAAAUCAAACAAUAUGUUGAAGAUUCCCGUAGUAUAUUUCUCGAUUUAUAA